CGCUAGCAGGCUAUUGGCUAACAGGUGAUGUUAUGAGACUUCAUUGGACAGACGAACACACGCCUUCUCGUCACUUUGAAAAAGCAUAACAGACGGCAAGGUGAUCCAUGUGCGUCUGAUUGAGUCAACAUUGAAGCAUGCUGACUGCACAGAGGGCAUGUGCAGCGAUGGCUGCCCGGCGCCUGGUGAGAGCCUCCGUCUCCUCAGCGCACACACACCGUGCUCUGAUCCACACUUCCACACCGUGUCAGGACCAGGACGAGCUGCAUCCUGAAUGGGCCAGUCUGGCUAAGAAACAGCUGAAGGGGAAGAACCCAGAAGAUCUGAUCUGGCGCACGCCUGAGGGACUCAACAUUAAGCCUGUGUACACCAAGGCAGACUCAGUUGACCGGCCAGAUGAAUUGCCGGGAGUAUUUCCAUACACUAGGGGGCCCUAUCCUACCAUGUACACCAACAGACCGUGGACUAUCAGGCAGUAUGCUGGCUUUAGCACUGUGGAGGAGAGCAACAAGUUCUAUAAAGAUAACAUCAAAGCCGGACAGCAGGGUCUCUCCGUGGCGUUUGACCUCCCAACACACCGUGGCUAUGACUCGGACAACCCCCGAGUCCACGGUGAUGUCGGCAUGGCCGGAGUCGCUAUAGACACAGUCGAAGACAUGAAGAUGUUGUUUGAUGAAAUCCCACUGGAGAAGAUGUCCGUUUCGAUGACAAUGAACGGAGCGGUUAUCCCUGUGCUGGCGAUGUUUAUAGUGACCGGAGAGGAGCAGGGCGUGUCUAAAGCCAAACUCACUGGCACCAUUCAAAAUGAUAUUUUGAAGGAGUUUAUGGUACGCAACACCUAUAUCUUCCCCCCGGAGCCUUCCAUGCACGCCAUCGCAGACAUCUUCGCUUACACCACUAAGCACAUGCCCAAGUUCAACUCCAUAUCCAUCAGUGGCUACCAUCUUCAGGAGGCUGGAGCUGAUGCCAUCCUGGAAGUAGCCUACACCAUCGCUAACGGCCUGGAGUACUGCCGCACUGGUCUGACAGCAGGCUUAACCAUCGACGAGUUUGCCCCAAGGUUGUCAUUCUUCUGGGGUAUUGGGAUGAAUUUCUACAUGGAGAUUGCCAAGCUGAGGGCAGGCAGGAGGCUGUGGGCCACGCUCAUUAAAGACAACUUCCAACCUCAAAAUGCCAAGUCUCUGCUCCUCCGCACACACUGCCAGACUUCAGGCUGGUCUCUCACCGAACAAGAUCCGUACAACAACGUGGUCCGUACAGUGAUUGAGGCCAUGGCAGCUGUGUUCGGGGGCACCCAGUCGCUUCACACCAACUCGUUCGACGAAGCUCUGGGUUUGCCCACGGUGAAGAGCGCCCGCAUCGCCAGGAACACCCAGAUCAUCAUCCAGGAAGAGUCGGGCAUCCCCAAUGUGGCCGAUCCCUGGGGGGGAUCGCACAUGAUGGAAGCGCUUACGGACGACGUCUAUAACAAAGCUUUAAAGUUCAUCAAAGAAAUUGAAGAGGUGGGAGGCAUGGCCAGAGCCGUGGCAGAGGGCAUCCCCAAACUUCGUAUUGAGGAAUGUGCUGCUCGCAGACAGGCCCGCAUUGACUCCGGGUCAGAGGUCAUUGUCGGGGUGAACAAGUACCGUCUGGAAAAAGAGGAGACUGUGGAGGUGCUGUCUAUAGAUAACACCUUUGUGCGUCAGAAACAGAUUGAAAAGCUGAAAAAGGUGAGAGAUAGUCGUGACCCAGAGGCAGCGAAGAAGUGGCUGGCAGCCAUUGAGGAGUGUGCCCAAACCAGGGAGGGCAACCUUUUGGCCCUGGCUGUGGAGGCAUCACGAGCCAGAUGUUCGGUCGGUGAAAUAACCGACGCCAUGAAGAAAGUGUUUGGUGAACACAAGGCCAGUACCAGGAUGGUGAGCGGCGCUUACCGCAGCGAAUUCGGGGAGCAUGAAGAGAUCGCCCGGUCCCUCAACAGAGUUGCAGAGUUUAAGAAGCAGGAGGGCAGGAACCCUCGACUGCUGGUGGCAAAGAUGGGGCAGGAUGGCCACGAUCGGGGGGCCAAAGUCAUCGCCACGGGGUUUGCAGACCUGGGCUUUGAUGUGGACAUCGGACCACUGUUUCAGACGCCCCUUGAGGUUGCCCAGCAGGCAGUCGAUGCUGACGUGCACUGCGUCGGGGUCAGCACGCUUGCCGCAGGGCACAAGACCCUGGUCCCCGAGCUCCUCAAGGAACUGCGGAAGCUCAACAGGCCCGACAUCCUGGUCAUCUGUGGAGGAGUCAUCCCACCACAGGACUACGAGUUCCUGUACCAGAGCGGCGUGAGCGCCAUCUUCGGCCCAGGAACCAGGAUCCCGCAAGCUUCAGUGGACGUGAUAGACAGCAUUGAGAAGAGCCUGGAGAACAUCCGGCAGGCCAUGUGAACUCGCUCUACAACUUAAAGAACCGUCUGUUCAUGUGGCAUCAACGACAAAGCCACAAGUGGGAGCUCACACUUUUGUACAGUUUCGUCUCAAAAGAUUGUAAAAAAAACAAAACAUGUAACCACCGUUAAAACGCAGAAUGUACAGUCAUAAAGAUUAAAGAGUGGUUGGUGAUGUAUUAACAUUGCAUUUUACUAAUAGAAUCCUCAGAUUGCUGAUUUCGUGUGAACAUCACUAACAUGGUGUUUAGUUUUGCUCGUUGACCGUAUCACUUUAAAUAAACCUACUCAGAACGUAAUGCUUUUAUUGUGAAAUGUGUGUAUGUGUGUGUGUGAGAGAGAUCUUCAGUUACGUAGCAGGGUGUUCUCAGUGCCAGUGUGUUGAAGAUGGAUAGGUACUCUCAUCAGAACUAACCUCUUACUACCCCUGGGUUUUCUGUUGAUGGAUAUUACUAUCGUGUAAGUGGCCUUCUUUUGUCCUCACGCCUCUAGCAUCGUGUUUAAUUCAUCCAACUUCAGCUCAGAGAAAAAGCUCUAGAGCAGUCAUCACAAUCUAUUUGACAAUAGUAUUUUUGUACAUGAGAUUCUGAAGCACUCUUUCGUCUAAAUAAAGAAUGUGAACCUUG